AUCCCUUCGCGCCUGCGCCGUGCGGCGUCGCCCCGCCAUGGCGGUGCACUACUGCGGCCUGUGCCGCCGCACCUCCUUCUCGGGCCGCCGGCACCUGUACGGCGCCGCGCACCGGCGGCGGCUGCGGGAGGCGCUGGACCGGCUGCAGGAGGAGGUGGCGGCGGCGCGGGCGGCGGCGGCGGCAGCGGGGGACGGCGGCGGGACCCUGCGGCGCUACGACCCGGCCGAGCACGACCGGCGCGUCUGGUGCCUGUGCUGCGGGCGCGGCGUGCGGCGGGACGGGCGGCGCGGCGGGAUGGCGCUGCCGCUGGCCGGCCUCCUCCAGCACCUGGCCGGGCCCGAGCACCGCCGCGAGACGGCGCGGUUCUGGCGGGAGAACCGGGCGGAGGCGGCGCUACGGGAGCGGUUCGUGGUGCCGGCCGAGGAGUACGAGCGCUUCGCCCGGGCGAUGGAGCGGGAGCUGGACGCGCACCGGCAGCGGGAGGAGGAGCGCAUCCGCCAGAUGGCGGCAGGCAUCCGUGAAGCCGAGCGCAGGCAGCGGGAGACUGUGCGGGCCGCGCUGCAGCUUCAAACAGAGCCAGAGCUUCACGAGGGACCUGCUGUCCGCGGCGCCCCUCCAGCACACAGAAGGGACUCCUCUGAGGAUGCAGAGCAGCCUGGCCCGAGCGGAAUGCAGGCAGGGCCUGACUUAAACUGGAUGGAAUCAGGCCAGGCUUUGACCUUCAUUGGCCACCAGGAAACAGAAGGGAAAGGAAAUGUUCACACAGGAGCAAAACCUCCGUGGCUGACAGAGGAGGAGGAAGAGGGUGCAAGCAAACAACAGAUUGGACCUUCGUAUGAGGAGUUUCUCAGACAAAAGGAGAAGCAGAAGCUGAAAAAGCUGCCAGCGGGGCGCGUUGGUGCCAACUUUGACCAUACCUCUCAGACGGGCGACGGCUGGCUCCCUUCCUUCGGGCGGGUUUGGAAUCACGGCAGGAGGUGGCAGUCCAGGCAUCAGUUUAGAACUGAAUCAGGGGAAAAGAAGAAAAGGUGAUCGGAAGAGGAGCGCUGAAGGAAGCAAGCUGUGGCGGAAAGGCAGACAGGAGGUAGCUGCAGCUUUGUCAGCGCCACCACCAAGUUUAGCGCUCUCAUUUCGUGUGUCCAUCUCGAUGCGUUCAGUCCCCUGGAAAGCAGAGUGACCACAGCCCGAUACCAGGGUCUGCUGAAAGCUGCUCUGCCAGGGGGUGUCGCAGCAGAUCUGCUCCCCCUGCAACAGGCACGCGGUGGGUUCUCGCCUCUUGAACACCACAAAGGCAGACCCUUCCUGCGAGGAAGGUCUCUUGCCUAUGCCGUUUGUAAUCACAAAGCCUGCCGUACACAGCAUGCGCUGCCCAUGCUGACCUGCAGCAGGACACCCCCUGAGAGACAUUUCUUAAAAGUCAAACUUUUUUCUUAAUUACCUGUGUUAGCAGACCAGCUGAAACUCAUUUCAGAUGCAUGGCCCACUCUGGGAGCACCUGAUGUUUUCAUUCUAGUUUAUAUUACUUUCACUUGUUCUCCCUCACCUGAAGGAUGACUAAUUAGUCCUCAGUAGAAGCAAGCAGGCCUUAAAGGCCUUUACUGGGGGUAGUUUUUCCUUUUAAUUGAAAUAAAAUACUUCAAGCCUUA